AUGACACAGAACGGCGGGACGUACGAGGGCCCGCAGCUGGAGGCGUGGGAUGGCUUUCUGCUCUGGAAGCCGUUCUUCCUGCAGGCGCCGGCGACCGCCAUGUACGCCGACUACUACCUCAUGGACAACUACGCAGAUCCGCACCUGGAAGAGCUCAUCUCGUCCGAGGAGCGCGAUCGGCUCCGUGGUGUCGCGACCAACGCUGCGACGCCCGUGUACACGGAGCUCCUCUCGAAGGAAGAGCUCGCUGGCGCCACCAAGCGCUUCCAUAGCGAAGUCGCCAUGCUCACGUCCAAGCUCGUGGCAUCGGCGCUCAAGCGGCUGCAAGACGCCAUGGCGGCGCAGGCCACCGCCUACCUUCUGAGCGCCGUAUCGCCGUCGCUUGCCGCAGAGCUGCCGCCACUGCCACAGACGCCGCAUGGCCUUUGGAAGUACAUCAUGGCGCAGAGCCAGCCGCCGUUCUACGAUAUCUUUGGCCUCUUCCAGUACACUCUCGGCAUCCAGUUGCAGCGGCCGGCGGCGACCGCCUCCUUUCUUGCCGCGUUUGAGCCGGCGGUUGCCGCGCUGCUGCCGGCGCUGCUGUCGCUCCACGACGUCUCGGGCCUCUUUAUCGGCGUCAAGGACAUGGCGAGCGCGCACACGGUACUCAAGCGCUACCAGACGCAGCUGGCCGCCAAGCUGCAAGUGUGCUUGCUGGCCCACGCCUGUGCCCCGAACCUGACGUCCCUCUUCCAGCCAAACCCAACGACGUUCGACUAUGCGACGAUCAAGCUCCGACUACUCGAGUACGUCGACUCGAUGCCGGCCAGCGCCGCCUUCGUCUCGACCGACGAUGACCGGAACGAGACGCAGCGCAAGCGCAUGGCGAGCAUCCAGACAUCUCUUCGGCCGGCCAAGAAGCCAAAGAUGCAGAUCAACCUGCCAACUACGCUUUCGCCGGCGUCGUCGAUGAGCCCAUCGUCGUCUCUCAAGGCAACACGCCCGCCGACACCGACACAACCACAGAAAGCUGCAGCGAACGUUCCCGCCGGUAGCAUGUCGCCGCUCCAGCGGACGCCGCCGUCGCGCGCGCCGGUCGCAGCGGCUGCGCGCCCGUCGACACAUGAGCAGGCCGCCCCGAGACCGCCAAAGCCACCGACACCAGCGGAGACGGCCGAUGCGAUAUGGCGCCACUUCCAGGUGGCGCGUGGCUUUCACAUCCCCGACGACGUGUGCUGCACCCACUGCGUCACGCUCGGAAAUGUCUUGCCCCAUCGCGCACUGGGCUGUCCGCGGCUCGCGUCGCUCGCCAACGGUCCCGCGACCAAGCCCUCCCGCUACGUGCCAGACCGUCGCAAGCCGUCCUGA